UCCAGCUGCUGAGGGACAAGGAGCCGGGCACGUUCCUCGUGCGGGACAGCACCUCAUUCCGGGGCUCCUUUGGACUGGCCAUGAAGGUUCCUGCCUCUCCCUCCGACAGCCAGACAGGGAAGGAGAGCAGUGACCUCGUCCGGCACUUCCUCAUCGAGUCCUCCACCAAAGGGGUUCACCUGAAAGGUGCCAGCGAGGAGCUGUACUUUGGGAGCCUCUCUGCCUUUGUCUACCAGCACUCCAUCAUCCCGCUGGCACUGCCCUGCAAGCUCAGCAUCCCCACCCGAGAUCUCGCUGAUGGAGAGGACAGCCCUGACUGCGCCCCCGAAUCUGCGCCGUCCCUGGCCAGGAAAACUGCAGUGUGCAACGUCCUGUACCUCAAUUCUGUGAACGUGGAGACACUGACGGGAGCCCCGGCCAUCCUGAAAGCCAUCUCCUGCACCUUGGAGCUGGAGACACUGCCCACACCCACCCUGGUGCACUUCAGGGUGGCGGAGCAGGGCGUCACGCUGACCGACGUGCAGAGGAAGGUGUUUUUCAGGCGACACUACCCCUUGGCUGCCAUCAGGUUCUGUGGGAUGGACCCUGAGAACAGAAAGUGGCAGAAGUACUGCAAGUCCUCCAGAAUCUUCGGGUUCGUGGCCAAAAACCAGGCAGACUCAGAGAACCUGUGUCACCUGUUUGCAGAGUAUGACACCGUGCAGCCAGUGUCCCUUGUCAUCGACCUGCUCCGCCAGCUCCUGCCCAGCCCGUAGGGACAGAACGCUGGGACACUCAGGGCCAGCAGCUGCCCACACUCUGCUGAGCUUCUCCUGCUCCCCUUCUGCUUCUGGGUUGCAUUUUGGCAACAGCAUGUAUUUAGACUUUUUUGUUACGCACCGUCACAUCAGGAGUCUCAGCUAAAGACUUUCAGCUCUGCUGGGAUGCGAUGCUCCUCCAGCCUCUCCGUGGGGCACUGGCUGCCCUGGGGAAGGGGCGAGAGCUGCCUGGGAGGGACGGGAGCUGUGCUCUCUCUGGAACCACUGUCCCCCAGCUGGACCACAGUGCUCUGGCUGGGGUUUCUACCAGCCAUGAGGUUCUCUGUUCUUGGGGUGUCUGGGCUGAGGGAGGUCAAGGAGCUUGGCUGAGCUCCCACCACUGGGGACCCAGCCCUGACGCCCCAGUGCUGCGGGAGGGAAAGUCUGGGGAAGGAAUCACCCCCCCUGAGCAGCACAAAGAGGCAGCUUUGCAAAUCAAAGUGUAUAAAAUGACUAAGUCCUGCUGGAAACCUGCUCCACUCAAGGAGCAUCCACAGGCAGGAAUGACAGAGCAGUGCAUUUUUCCUGAUGCUGGGAAAUUCUCCUGCCCUUUUACGCAGCGCAGAGUUGCGGGCGGGCUCGACCUCCCAGCAUUGCAGAGAGCUGGGAAAUAAAUGGUGACAUUUCCAUGACAGUGAAACA